AUGCAUCCAUCGCUCGCUAGCAGCAGGCGAUCCACACUAAUAAAACCACUUCUAGGAAACUCUAAGAGUACAAAAAGGUUUAUACACCCAACAUCAAGCCCAUGUGGCAUUUUCAAGCCUCCACCGAUCGAAAAAGAUGUUUUUCACCACGAAUACUCAAUUCGUCCCGACACUUAUGCAUUCAAAGUGGCCAAUACCGGUCCUCAUCCCCUCCAAAAGUCAGAAUCUAGCCGAUUCAACGCCAUUGACUUCAUAUAUAAACAUGCUACAAACUAUCCCUUUUCUGAAAGGUCUCCAGAACAAGUGUUCAAUACCUUUCCCAAGAUCAACGCGGCGAAAUUGAACAGAAGAAAGGCUCGUCCUUCAAAGGUGAAGAUGUUGACGGGAGAUUUCAUCGAGGACAGCUUGUACAAUCAGAAACUAUGGAUACUUUUCAAAAGAGAGUGGAGAUUUUUCACCCCGGAAAAACCAUUUGGACUACAACAAUAUAACACGAUAUUGAUGACUUUUUGGGAAAAUUGGGAAGAAUGCUUAUAG